UAAACAUAUUUUCAAUGGCUAAGAUUGUGCUGGUUCUGUUUUCCAUAGUUCUGCUUUGCAUUACAGCAGCACAAGGGAGAAAAACACUUCACACAAACAAUGAAGUUCAAACAUCUUCUUCAGUUUCUAAUGAUGGUAUCUGCAAGACAAUGGUAGAGACACAAGGUUACAAUUGUGAAGAACACACGGUUACAACAGAGGAUGGUUACAUCCUGAGCCUUCAGAGGAUGCCAGAAGGGCAGUCCGGCAAGAAAGCCGACAAGCCGCCAGUGCUAUUACAACAUGGUGUCCUCAAUGAUGCCAUAACAUGGCUUUUCAAUUCUCCAGAGGAAUCAUUGGCAUUUAUUUUAGCAGAUAAUGGGUUUGAUGUGUGGCUUGUGAAUUCUCGCGGGACAAAAUAUAGCAGCAAGCACAUAACACUUAGUCCUAAUGACAAGGCUUAUUGGAAUUGGUCAUGGGAUGAAUUAGCUAGUUACGAUCUUUCUGCUUCAGUCCAGUAUGUGUACAACCAAACUGGUCACAAAUUGCACUAUGCAGCUCAUUCUUUGGGAACUUUAAUGGCUCUAGCUGCUCUCUCACAAGGGCAGUUGCUGAAUAUGGUGAGAUCAGCUGCGUUACUAAGCCCAAUUGCUCAUCUGAAUCAGAUUCCUUCACAGCCAACAAAACUGGCUGCUGACAUAUUUAUAGCUAAUGAUGUAUACUGGUUAGGCAUCUAUGAGUUCAUCCCAAACGGGGAUGUUGUAUCAAAAUUUCUUGAAGGAAUCUGCCACACUCUAAACCUCAACUGCUCAAACCUGAUGAAACUUUACACAGGUCCAAAUUGCUGCAUCAAUUCUUCCAUGAUAGAUGUCUUGCUUGAUCAUGAACCACAACCAACAUCAACUAAGAAUUUGAUCCAUCUAUCUCAAAUGGUCAGAACGGGAAAAAUAACAAAGUAUGAUUAUGGUGAUCAAGGACAAAAUAUGCAACACUAUGGACAACCGGUUCCUCCUGUUUAUGACAUGACCAACAUCCCAAAUGAGUUUCCACUUUUUCUCAGCUAUGGAGGGCAAGAUAUGCUAUCUGAUGUAAAAGACGUGCAAGUUUUGCUCAAUGACCUCAAAGAUCACGAUGGGAACAAGCUCGUGAAAGUGUUCAGGGAAGAUUAUGCCCAUGCUGAUUUUGUUAUGGGAGUCAAUGCUAAUCAACUUGUCUAUGAUCCUAUGAUGGAUUUCUUCAAUGUUAAUUGAUUUUACAAUGAUUAUUCGAUAUUGUACAUAACUUCUUUUACAUUUAAAUUUAAAGUUCAAUGGAAUAUGUUACAUUCUCCUC